GGGCGGCCGGCUGCUGCCACCACGCCGGCGCAUGCGCGAGUGCGGGUGAGAGGUCGGCAAGAUGGCUGCGGCCUCGUCAGUGGAUGAGGCGCCGGACAACGAGGACUAUUACUCGCUGCUGAACGUGCGGCGGGAGGCCUCUCAGGAAGAGCUGAAAGCCGCCUACCGUAGGCUGUGUAUGCUGUACCAUCCUGACAAGCACAGGGACCCAGAGCUCAAGAGGCAGGCCGAGCAGCUCUUCAACCUUCUCCAUCAGGCUUAUGAAGUGCUCAGUGACCCACAGACGAGAGCCAUCUAUGACAUAUAUGGAAAGAGAGGCCUUGAAAUGGAAGGAUGGGAGGUGGUGGAAAGGAGGAGGACGCCUGCUGAGAUCAGGGAGGAAUUUGAGCGUUUGCAGAGAGAGAGGGAAGAGAGGAGGCUUCAGCAGCGGACUAACCCCAAGGGGACAAUUAGCGUUGGAAUAGACGCCACUGACCUCUUUGAUCGGUACGAUGAGGAGUACGAAGAAGUGCCAGGGAGCAGCUUUCCCCAUGUUGAAAUUAACAAAAUGCACAUAUCGCAGUCCAUUGAGGCUCCACUGACGGCCACAGACACUGCGAUAUUGUCGGGAAACCUCUCAACGCAGAACGGGAAUGGAGGCGGCUCUGUGAACUUGGCUCUGAGGCGUGUGACGUCUGCCAAAGGCUGGGGAGAGAUAGAGUUCGGAGCUGGAGACCUUCAGGGGCCUUUGUUUGGCCUGAAGGUGUUUCGGAAUCUUACACAAAGAUGCUUCGUGACAACAAACUGUGCACUGCAGUUCUCCUCCCGAGGGAUCCGCCCGGGCCUUACGACUGUCCUGGCAAGGAACCUGGACAAGAACACUAUGGGCUACUUGCAGUGGCGCUGGGGCAUUCAGUCGGCAAUGAAUACGAGCAUCGUCCGGGACACCAAAACCAGCCACUUCACUAUGGCGUUUCAGCUGGGCAUCCCUCACUCCUUCAUGAUGGUCAGUUACCAGCACAAGUUUCAGGACGAGGAUCAGACGCGAGUGAAAGGAUCUCUCAAAGCUGGUUUCUUUGGGACCAUCGUGGAAUAUGGGGCGGAGCGGAAAAUCUCCCGGCACAGCGUCCUUGGAGCCACCGUCAGUGUGGGUGUACCCCAGGGAGUCUCUCUGAAAAUCAAGCUGAACCGAGCCAGCCAGACCUACUUCUUCCCCAUCCACUUGACGGACCAGCUGCUGCCCAGCGCGGUCUUCUACGCCACGGCGGGGCCCCUCGUCAUCUACUUCGCCAUGCACAGGCUCAUCAUCAGGCCUUACCUGAGGGCGCAGAAGGAGAAAGAAUUGGAGAAGCAGCGGGAGAGCUCGGCCAGCGACACUUUCCAGAAGAAACAGGAAGCAGAAGCCGCAGUGCGGCUGAUGCAGGAAUCUGUCCGGAGAAUUAUUGAGGCUGAAGAAGCCAGGAUGGGCCUGAUAGUGGUGAAUGCCUGGUACGGGAAAUUCGUCAAUGACCAGAGCAGAAGGAACGAGAAGGUGAAGGUCAUAGACGUGACUGUGCCCUUGCAGUGCCUGGUGAAAGACUCCAAGCUCAUCCUUACAGAAGCAUCCAAGGCCGGCCUGCCUGGGUUCUACGACCCUUGUGUCGGGGAAGAUAAGAGCCUGAAAGUCCUCUACCAGUUCCGAGGAGUCCUGCAUCAAGUGAUGUCUGGCGACAACGAGGCCCUUCGGAUACCAAAGCAGUCUCACCGGAUUGAUGCAGACAGCUAAUCUGGUGGGGAAGAGGGCAGGUGCUGAGUUCUGUGCCCAGGAGCCAGUGGAUAUGGCACCAUCUUUCCUCCCUGGAUUUGAUGACGUCUUCAGACGAGUGGGGAUGCGACUUAUUUCCUGAUCGGCGCGGAAGAAGGUGGUUUGACACCCAACGUAACAUUGUGGGACAAAAUGAGAGGAAUCUGCUCUAACGAGACAGUGGCACCCAGACCCUGCAGCUGGGGGCUGUUGCUUGACUGGCACAGCUGACGAUGGCCAGCAUUUCCAGCCUGCCCCUGUCAACGCAAGGGGGCGGGCUGCAGACGAGGAGCCCCCCUUUCCCCUGCAGCAACCAGUGUCCUCUUCAGCGGGGGGAGCCUUGGGGCAGGUGGGCAAUGGGGGGCGGGGCGGGUGAGGUGUCGAUUUUAUUCUUGCAGGAAGUGGAGGGGGUGUGGGCUACUUCAGGUGAAGGAGCGGCCUCCUCCUCGCAGACCCUUGCGGCUGUUUGGCAAUGCAAAGAACACGGUGCUCAUAUCCACGUUCCGAAAUCAAAAUGCACUUUGGGAAAUUUGUAAGCCUUUCUUUUAACACGUUUGAAUCUUCCUGUCCAUCAUCAUCUAUCUUUCUCUCUCUCUAGCAGCUGAUAUAAUAUGAUACACUAAGAGGAACUGUUUCCCUGUCAGCUUGUCUUUGUUCCAAGCACAGCAAGAAGCAGGCCCAGAAAAGGAGUAAAAGUCGCCAUAAGCAUUUUAAUGUACACAAAAGGCGUCGUGCAGAUGGAGGCAGGGUGGGGAGAUAGGAGUGGGAGGGCCAAGUGAGUGCCAAAUCAGAGGCAAUAGCAUUCUCAAUGGAAGAUUGCUCCCACCGCAGACCAGGGGUGCUCUUGUGCUGCAAGAAAACAAUGGAGAGGUUGCAGGAGUCCCAAUUUUUAGCCCUCUGUCCCUGGUGGCAGUGUAGAGCUCCUUUUACAAACACAAAGAGAGGAGCCUCUCUGUUAGUCCUUGGAACACCUUCCUUGAUGACAUUUAUAUAGGAUCCCUGGGGGUGUUGAAUGCCAAAGCAAGCUUUCCGUCGUAACUGCUGGUUCCUGAAACACACACAGUGUGGUGCAUCCCCUGCGCCACUUUAUUCGUUUGUAUAACUGGGUUCACCCCACUCAUUUGGAUCCAGAUCAUAUCCGCCCCCAAUCUGUCCCCAUCUCAGCUCUUACCCUAAGUAAAAUGAUAACUGAUUCCAUGAAGCCUGUUACAUCCCUCCUGCCCCCUUUACCUCUUGAAAUUAGGUGUUGCUGCUCCUCGGUUGUUUUGUUGGACAAAUAUUUUUCUCUCGCAUCUUCCAUUGAACCAAGUUCUGGUCUAGUAAUAUCCAUCUCCUUGGUUAACCCUUGGUACCUUCAAGUAAAGAUCCUUAUUCAUGUUGACACCCCUACCCGACUGCCCCAUUCAUUUUUCCACAUGCCAGUUAUCCCAACUUCCUUCAGAGCUGAUGGAAUGAGAAAUACACUGUAUGGUCAUAGUAUUUAUUCCUGGAUCGCAGUGAGUUCUGGUUUCAGAAAUCUGUGACCUGGCCUCUUCAGGAACCAGAAUCGGGCUAGAAUUAACACUGGUAAUUAACACUGACAAUAACCACUUGAACCUUCUGCUUUUUGAACCCAGCUCAGCCCGAGCACCCCUCCGCUUCAAUCCUUCCCCGCUUUCCAAAGCCCCUGCCUCGUGUGACUGGAAAUUUUGCAAAGUGCAUGAGCCGCUGAUGAGGACAGAGCCUCUGGUUUCUCCUGUAACAAAUAAGGACAAUAAAAGAGACCCAUUUUCUCCGGA